AUGAAUGAGAGUAAUGAUGAGGUGGAAAAAGAGCAGAACGUCAAGGACCUCCAGUCAGACACAGAGUCAGACGAUCUUAAUCUCAUGACAGAUGACUCUACAUAUAAGAGAGAAGAUCCUGGGCGCCUCCACUCGAUUACAGGGACCAUGUCAGAGGAGGAGCUGCAUAGAUACGAGAAGUUCCGAGGAAGUGGAUUUCCAAAGGCUGCAAUCAAGAAGUAUAUAAGCAGUGUGAUAGGACAGGCAGUGAAUCCCAACUUCGUCAUCGCCGUUUGUGGGCUUGCUAAGGUGUUUGUAGGGGAGAUGAUAGAAAUAGCAAAGGCGGUCCAGGAAGAGCGCAGGGAAGAAGGACCCUUGCUUCCCUCGCACAUACACGAAGCAUAUAGAAGAUUGUACAAGAGAAUCCCCAACACUAAGGUUUUCAAAAAGGCUCCCUGGAACUCUUAA